GCUACCAACUGGAUAGUGAUUCUUUCAACCACUGUAAAAUUGCUUGAAAAGUUACAAAACUACGAACAUUAGAUCUAUCCUGGUUGCCAGAGGUUCUUGUAUCUUCCGCCCUAUUCUUUCUCGUAUUUACAAAUACAGUACAUAAUUUAUAAUACGGCGCAGGAACCUCUGGAACCAGGGUAAUGACUAAAAUUAAUGUAGAUCCCACAAUUAAUAAAACUUUGUUAAUCGCUUCUGUUUCUAUAUUUAAUGAAGGGAUGGCAAAAUUAGAUGGACACUCUUUUGAAAGAUGUUGGAAUGAAAUAAAACUCAAAUUUUGGCCUGUGUACAAGGUAACUACAAUCUCUAUUUAUGUACAGUAUUAUACUUGAUGGUGUUAGGGCAAAAUGGCAAGUACUGUAUAUACAACAAAGUAUGAAAUUGCAAAAUGGGAAAGUGAACAUUUAAUCAGAUUCAACCAAGACUAUCCUGUAGAGAUCAGUGCAAUCUCACCAGCAAAUGUAAGAAUCUGAAUCAUUGAUAAAGUAGGCGGCUGUGGGGAGCGGUCUAGGGAGUCUUAAAGUCGUCCAAAUUAACUAGACAUAAGUUUAUAUUGAUUAGAUAGCAACACAACUGAGCUCUGUAACCAAAUUAUUAAUAAAUAAAUGUAUCCUUUCAUUUUUCAACAAGAUAAAUUGAACAUUUAAGAUGGCAAAUAACUGAAUCAGUUCCAUGAAAUAAUUUUCGAAAAUAACCAGGCAGGGUACUGCCACGAGGUUCACCACUGGUCUCACAGUGGACCCAACGUAGUGAACGAAAAAUGCUCAGAUUUAUAAGGAUUUUUUAAAAAUUAUUUUGUCAAAUUCUGAUAAACAUUCGUGUAGUCACUUUCACCGAGUUUCACGUCACGUAGUGCAACUUAAGUUAUGCUGGUUGCUUGCUCAUGAUUCAAGACACACGUGUUUAUUACUGUAAGUACAGAUAUCUACACUUGUUUAGUGCACGUCGUUUUACGAUGACUGCCUGAUUUAAACCCAACACGAUUGCGCAUCAACAAUUCAUUCACGCUCUCUACGUACACAACUCUCAACUCACAAUUGAGGUUCACACUGACACACACAUAGGCUAACAUAUUCAACACCUCAACUACCUUUAACCAGUUUUAGCCUAUAUUUAUACUAACAGAACAGGAAUACAUAUUUUCUUAGCCAGCGUGGCCGGCUCUUCUAUAGGGCAGAGAAUUGAAGAAGAGCCUGCCCGAAAGCCCUAGUAAAAUUGAUCGCCACCUACUUAGUUAAUAUUCCAUACUAACACCGCCCACUUGAAAUAGUUUUGUAUAAAUGUGACAUAAAAUGUCAGUUGUUGCAUAUUUACUAGCGAGCGCUACAUGUACAUAUUUUUAAUACUGCAAUAUUAUAACUGUAGUACGGCCAUACAGGUGCAAAGCAAUAAUAUCAUUUUGAACGGUCUUCGUCUAAUAUUUUCCAGACAAAGUCGAAGAGCUUUCGCUCGAAAUGCCGACGUUUUGCUCGUAUUUUCAUGAAUGCAGUUGAAUCGCUAUCCAUCUACAUAUUAAAAAGUUUAUUGAAAGCAAAAUAUGUUUAUGACUGCCGAGAGUGAUCAAUUUUACUAGGGCUUUCGGACAGGCUCUUCUUCAAUUCUCUGCCCUAUAGAAGAGCCGGCCACGCUGGCUAAUAUUUUCUCUACCACAAAUUUCCCUCAUGUAAAUGGACGCGUUUACUGCUGUUUUGUUGCUACUUUGCAUUUUGAAAUCAAAAUUUGUUUUCAAAAAUCAAAAUCGGUAAGACGAACAGUGUAUGACUUCAAUAAUGCAAACUUUGACGGUGCUCGUGAACAUCUAAAGAAUGUUCCUCUCGAUUCUGCGAUAUCUGAUAUUAAGUUCAGAUGUAGAUGAAUGCUGAAAAGCAUGAAAAGAUCUAUUCAUCACAGCAAUAGAUAAAUGCGUACCGAAAAAGAACGUCGUUGACACCACCUUGGAUAGACCGGGACGUUAAACACAUGAUUAAGAAGAAAUACACAGCUCUACGACAAUAUCGUCAGAAACGAAGGGAAGGACGGAAAUGCAAACUACGCCAGUUGACACAGGAAACUAAGGACUUGAUUAAACAAAAACGCCAUCAAUACAUAGAAAAAGUUCAAGAUUCCCUCGCAAAAUUCUGGUCCUACCACAAACAUAUCCUCCGCAAUAGAAAUUCCCCACCUGCUAACACGUACAACAACUCAACUGCAACAACACCACACAAAAAAGCAGAACUUUUCAACGCAUUCUUCGCGUCUGUUUUUCUUCCGAAAUCCUCUUCCAAAGAUGUAAACCUGAACAUGACAUCGAAAACUGAAGAGAUAAUAUCUUAAUCAUUUGGACACAACAAAGGCUUAUGGCCCAGACGGAAUACCACCACGUCUACUGAAAGAAUUCUCAAGAGAAAUCUCGGCAAGCCUCUGCAGUUUGUUCAACAUGUCCUUAACAACAGUCAACAGGCCGCCUACCUAUAGAAUGGAAACAUGCGAACGUUAUACCCAUCCACAAAAAAGACUAUGUCGAACUCCUUGACCAAUAAUUUCCAAAGUUCUCGAAAGAUGCAUUUUCAAUAACAUUUACCCGUUUGUUCGUGUACUGAUCAAUAAUGUCCAACAUGACUUCUUAUAAGAAAUCGGUCAUGCAUAACUCAGCUUCUAUAGGUGUACUACAUGACAUUGGUAAGAAUCUCCAUAUGUGAAAAUAUGUCUCCAUAUGUCUUCUAUGUCAAAACUCCAAAAUCGUCAUAUGAACUCAAUAGCUGACCAAAUGGUCAGCUAUUGAGUAUUGAGUUCAUAUGACGAUUUCACAGUUACCUGUUAACCAGUCAGAAACCACGAAUCUUUUAACCAAAUAGUAAUUUAAAUUGCUACUCGAAUUCCAAUUGGAAUUUGGGCCAAUUUACAAUAGAAAUUCAUUUUCGAGUUCCAUUUGGAUUUCGACUAAGUAUAGCCUGUGGUCAGCCCCACGAUAUCAUCAAAUAUUUUAAGGUUAAUGUGUAACAGAUUAAUGAGAGAUUGCAUUUUAGUUUGCAACCUACUUAUGUGGAAAAAUCAUCGACCAUAUAUCUGAGCAGAACAAUUAGUAGACGGUCAUACUGGCUGGUAGCAAAACAGCUGAUGGCAGACUAUCAUGUCAACGUUUUUUAAUUCAUAGUUGAUAAACUACGACACAAUAUUGGAGCACAAUGAAUUUAGGUGAAUUUUAAUCAGUGCUUAUUUUUUUAUUUCUCAACAGAUGGAUUUAUCUGUAUGGCCAGCGGCACAAGCAGUGAAUUUUUAUGUAGUCCCAGGUCAAUAUCGUGUUGCGUAUGUCAGCUUUGUUGCUUUGUUAUGGAAUAUAUUUUUAUCUUAUAUAAGCCACAAGGUAAGUUGUGCAAACUACAACUACACAUUAGCCUUUUGUGGCUUACCUAACAUUUGUUUGUAAGCAGUGGUUUGUCAGAGUGAGAAACAUGGUGGACAAAUGAAUGCCGAAGGAUUGCAAAUAGUCGCAGCAGUUCGAGCCAUGCUUCUCUGGCUCUUUUGACUUGCAGUAUAGCGUAGGUAACUCAUCCCUGGAGUGGAAAUAUCAUAUUCCUGUUCUUGACUUGCAGUAUAGCGUAGGUAACUCAUCCUUCUCAUUCCUGUCCUUGACUUGCAGUAUAGCAGAGUUAACUCAUCCCUGUCCUUGACUUGCAGUAUAGCAGAGUCAACUCAUUCCAGUCCUUGACUUGCAGAAAAGCAGAGUUAACUCAUUCCUGUCCUUGACUUGCAGAAAAGUAGAGUUAACUCAUCCCUGCCCUUGAGUUGCAGAAAAGUAGAGUUAACUCAUCCCUGCCCUUGACUUGCAGUGUAGCAGAGUUAACUCAUUCCUGUCCUUGACUUGCAGAAAAGUAGAGUUAACUCAUCUCUGUCCUUGACUUGCAGUAUAGCAGAGUUAACUCAUUCCUGUCCUUGACUUGCAGUAUAGCAGAGUUAACUCAUCCCCGUCUUUGACUUGCAGUAUAGCAGAAUUAACUCAUUCCUGUCCUUGACUUGCAGUAUAGCAGAGUUAACUCAUCCCUGUCCUUGACUUGCAGUAUAGCAGAAUUAACUCAUCCCUGUCCUUGACUUGCAGUAUAGCAGAGUUAACUCAUCCCUGUCCUUGACUUGCAGUAUAGCAGAAUUAACUCAUUAUUGUCCUUGACUUGCAGUAUAGCAGAAUUAACUCAUUCCCGCCCUUGACUUGCAGUACAGUAUAGCAGAAUUAACUCAUUAUUGUCCUUGACUUGCAGUAUAGCAGAAUUAACUCAUUCCCGCCCUUGACUUGCAGUAUAGCAGAGUUAACUCAUCCCUGUCCUUGAGUUGCAGUACAGCAGAGUUACUGUAACUCAUUCCUGUCCUUGAGUUGCAGUAUAGCAGAGUCAACCCAUUCCUGUCCUUGACUUGCAGUAUGUCAGGGUUAUCUCGGAGGCAGCGUGCUAACCUUACCCGCCACGCCUGUGCCUGGUAUAGUCGUCCACAGGCUACGUGUGCUGUUAAUUACCCGAAUACACAGUAUAUUUGGUGUAAUGUGUAUCUUCAACUUCGAACCCGUAAAUUUCUUGAACACUUUUAUAAGACGCUUUUCAUCUUAUGUUCUAGAAGGAAGACGAAUUUUAAAUAUUUGCGCACAAGUUCGGCAUAUUGGAGUAGCGGAGAAAAUAAAGUGGACGGAAAACUCCAGGAAAUAGCAUGCGAAAAAAGCAUUGAUAGAGAAAUACAGUUACAGUAGAUGGUAUAAAGUCGACGUGCGAAUAGAUGCAGUAUCAACAUUUGCUUGGAUCUGUUCCGCAACUGGAAACAAAUUAUACAGUAGAUUUAGACUAUGUUCACAUUAGGCUGGAAAAAUUUGGAACUCCACGGAAAUUCGUCCGAUUCCAUUUGCUCGCUCUGUUCAUUUAUAAAACGCGAAAUGAAAUAAUUGAAACUUGAAUUCCGAAAUCUUUCGGCCCCAUGUGAGCCGAAAUUUAAACACAUAUUUAAAUGUAAUAUUUGUUAGGAAUAUAUGUACGAAAUCAUUCAUUUGCUGUUAUCUUUGUAAACGUUUGCGCUGCGGAAUCGUAGUGAAUGAAGACAUGAUCUGCAAACUCAGUAAACUUCAAGUGUCUACAAUGAGCUACGAUUUUACUUUAAUAUGUUUAGACGGUUUCACCGUGCAGUCGUGCACAGAUAUUUUGAUCGUUUGCUUAGUGAUAAUUGAACUGAGCAAUUGAAUCAUUGGACGAGAUGAAACGUUGGACAAUUGCGUCAUUGUGCCAAUAAUUCAUUUUCUUCAUUGUCCACAAGUUUGCAUAAACAUUUUUAACCAACUUUCCGGACCAUAUCUUGAUUGAUAUACAAUGGCCAUCACGAAUCGUCCACUUUUAGAAUUACUGAUGUCCCUUCAUUAUUUUGAACAACUCCCAUCGCCUAAAAUUAAUAUAGAAACAAAAUUUAAUGAAUUGUUAGAUCUCAUUCUCAAGGGACUGGAUGCCUGGAACGGGAAAAGCCUGGGAACGAGGUUGGAUGAAUCCAGCCAUGGUUGGUUCCUGUCUUUGAAUGUCACCUAUGAAUUCACUUAGGACUUUCUCUGGACGUAUAAAAAACUUAAAAACCAGACGAAUUCGACA